CUGUGUAGGAAGCCACCCUCAGAGAGGCGGCCGGGAUGGCCGGCUCGGCCCGGGAGCACCUGCUCUUCGUGCGGCGGCGGAACCCCCAGAUGCGCUACACGCUGAGCCCCGAGAACCUGCAGAGCCUCGCCCAGGGCUCCCGGCCCGAGAACAUGGCCCUGCAGCGGGCCAACAGCGACACGGACCUGGUGACCUCCGAGAGCCGCUCCAGCCUGACGGCCAGCAUGUACGAGUACACACUGGGCCGCGCCCAGAACCUCAUCAUCUUCUGGGACAUCAAGGAGGAGGUGGACCCCAGCGACUGGAUCGGACUGUAUCACAUCGAUGAGAAUUCUCCAGCCAACUUCUGGGAUUCUAAAAACAGGGGUGUGACCGGGACACAGAAAGGACAGAUUGUGUGGAGGAUUGAGCCCGGGCCCUAUUUCAUGGAACCGGAGAUAAAGAUCUGCUUUAAGUACUACCACGGCAUCAGCGGAGCCCUGCGCGCCACCACCCCCUGCAUCACCGUGAGGAACCCCGCUGUGAUGAUGGGGGCAGAAGGAGGUGCUUCUGGAAGCCCGCAUUCCCGGAAGCUCGUCAGCUUCACGCUGUCCGAUCUCAGAGCUGUCGGGCUAAAGAAAGGGAUGUUCUUCAACCCGGACCCUUACCUGAAGAUGUCCAUCCGGCCGGGGAAAAAGAGCAGCUUCCCUACCUGUGCCCACCACGGGCAGGAGCGGAGGUCCACCAUCAUCAGCAACACCACCAACCCCAUUUGGCACCGAGAGAAAUACUCCUUUUUUGCACUUCUUACCGAUGUCUUAGAAAUUGAAAUUAAAGACAAAUUUGCCAAGAGCCGUCCUAUCAUCAAGCGUUUCCUGGGGAAGCUGACCAUCCCCGUGCAGCGGCUGCUGGAGCGCCAGGCCAUCGGCGACCAGAUGCUGAGCUACAACCUCGGCAGAAGGCUGCCCGCCGACCACGUGAGCGGGUACCUCCAGUUUAAAGUGGAGGUGACGUCCUCCCUGCAUGAAGAUGCUUCCCCGGAAGCCGUGGGCACGAUGCUCGGGGUCGGCUCGGUGAACGGAGACCUGGGCAGCCCUUCGGACGAGGAGGAGAUGGCCGGGACCCACCCCGACGGCCCGGCCUGCUCCAACGGGCCCGUGUCCGAGGAGAGUGCCGAGGGGACUCCCAAGCACUCCUGCAGGACUAGCUCCACCCUGGACAUGGACGCGGAGGAUCUGACCUCCAUGUCCUCAAGGAACUCGCCGCCCCGCGGAGGCCAGGACUCACUCAACGAUUACCUGGAUGCCGUGGAACACGGAGGCCCUGCCAGGCCGGGCCCCGCGCCCUGCCUGGGCUUUUCGAAGCUGAGGAGCAGCUUCCCCACCGACACGAGGCUCAGCGCCAUGCUCCACAUCGACUCCGACGAGGAGGACCACGAGCUGCAGCCGGGCCUGGGCUCCCCGUCGUCCCUGGAGGAGGAGGGGGGCCUGAUCAUGUUCGGCGGGCCAUCGAGGACUGACGACGGGAGCCUGUCCUCUCAGACGAAGCAGGAAGACACCCCGCUGGAGACCGAGGACGCCCCCACGCACGAUGCCGUUUCCUUGGAGGGGAAGCCGGAGGGUCUCCCCGAGGAGCUGGCCGAGGGCUCCUCCCCAGCAGGCCCCGCCCCAGGGGACAGCGAAGAGGGUCCAGAGUCUCCAGCCGGCGCAGACCAGGACCAGGACCAGGACCAGGACCAGGACGGCACUGAGCCCUGUGGCUCCCAAGAGGUGGACCCGCCCACGAGUGGGGCAGACACGGGCACCCCGGACACGUCGGGAGGGAGCCGGAGGGCCACCAGUGAAACCGAGUCCCUUGACCAGGGUUCGGAGCCCUCCCAGGUGUCCUCUGAGACGGAACCCAGCGACCCCGCCCGGACCGAGAGCGUGAGCGAGGCCAGCACCAGGCCCGAGGGCGAGAUGAAUGGGCCACGCGGGCGGCUCGGCUCCUCCUCACCCCUCUGGGUGCGUUGCUGCUGUCUAGACUGGGAGGCGCGCAUUGACAGCCACGGCAGGAUCUUCUACGUGGACCACGUGAACAGGACCACGACGUGGCAGCGGCCCACGGCACCCCCCGCCCCGCAGGUGCUGCAGAGGUCCAACUCCAUCCAGCAGAUGGAGCAGCUGAACCGCAGGUAUCAGAGCAUCCGCAGAACCAUGACGAACGAGAGGCCCGAGGAAAACACCACCGCCAUUGAUGGGGCCGGGGAGGAGACCGACUUCCACCAAGCCAGCGCAGACUUCCGCCGGGAGAACGUCCUGCCGCACUCUACCUCCAGAUCCAGGCUCACGUUGCUGUUACAGUCUCCCCCCGUGAAGUUCCUCAUCAGCCCCGAGUUCUUCACCGUGCUACACUCGAACCCCAGUGCCUACCGCAUGUUUACAAACAACACGUGUUUGAAGCACAUGAUCACCAAAGUCCGGCGGGACACCCACCACUUUGAACGCUACCAGCACAACCGGGACCUUGUGGGAUUUCUCAACAUGUUCGCCAACAAACAGCUGGAGCUGCCCAGGGGCUGGGAAAUGAAACACGACCAUCAGGGCAAGGCGUUCUUUGUCGACCACAACUCCCGGACCACCACGUUCAUCGACCCCCGGCUCCCCCUGCAGAGCGGCAGGUCUGGGUUCUGUCGGGCGGAAGUCACCCCUGCUGAGCAGGACCCGGACGUCCUGCCCCUCCACUCAGUUCAGCAACUAAAGCAGAGCUUUUGGGAAUCUCGAACCAGCUCCCCCGCUGGCAUCUCUUCUGAUCAGUUGUCGAGGGCACGUACCUUGGUUGUAGGCUCCUCCCCUAGCCCGGGCCCUCGUCGAGGCUUGUAUAGGAGUCAACCAAUCAGUAUGUUCUCUCACAUUAAUAUUUCUUUCUGUCUUUCCCUCUCUCUUCUACUCUCCCUAAAAAUAAUGGAAAAAUAUCCUCGGGUGAGGAUUAACCAGAAAAAGAGCAAAAAGAAAAACGUGGCUCAGGUGCUGAUAGCGAGCACGCGAGGUCUCGGUGCAGAGCCUAAGGGAUGCUUGUGUCUGCAGGUAGGAGAGGAUUCGCGACACGCGGGGCCGCCCGUCCUUCCCAGGCCGUCCAGCACGUUCAACACCGUCAGCAGGCCGCAGUACCAGGACAUGGUUCCAGUGGCUUAUAAUGACAAGAUCGUUGCAUUUCUGCGCCAACCCAAUAUCUUUGAAAUUCUGCAGGAACGUCAGCCUGAUCUCACCAGGAACCACUCACUCAGGGAGAAGAUCCAAUUUAUUCGAACGGAAGGGACCCCAGGAUUGGUGCGUCUUUCCAGUGAUGCAGACCUUGUGAUGUUGCUGAGUUUAUUUGAAGAAGAGAUAAUGUCUUAUGUGCCUCCACAUGCCUUACUCCACCCCAGCUACUGUCAGUCCCCGCGCGGCUCCCCUGUGUCCUCUCCCCAGAACUCGCCAG